GGCCGGCGAGAUGUCCACCAAGGUCAGGAAGUGCAAGGAGCAGGCGAGGGUGACCUUCCCGGCGCCCGAGGAAGAGGAGGAGGAGGAGGAGGAGGAGGGCGAGGACGUGGACGCCGAGCCGCAGCGCCGCCGGCGGGGCUGGAGGGGCGUCAACGGGGGGCUGGAGCCGCGCUCGGCGCCCUUGCCGCGGGAACCGCUCGGCCACCGCCAGCCGCCCUGGUCGCCGGGGCCCGACAUGUCCAUGGACGGGAGCCCAUCCCUGAGGCGCAAGACGGUGAUGCGGGAGAAGGGCCGGCGCCAGGCCGUGCGCGGCCCGGCCUUCAUGUUCAACGACCGCGGCACCAGCCUCACGGCCGAGGAGGAGCGCUUCCUGGACGCGGCCGAGUACGGCAACAUCCCCGUGGUGCGCAAGAUGCUGGAGGAGUCGCAGACUCUCAACGUCAACUGCGUGGACUACAUGGGCCAGAACGCGCUGCAGCUGGCGGUGGGCAACGAGCACCUAGAGGUGACGGAGCUGCUGCUCAAGAAGGAGAACCUGGCGCGCAUCGGGGACGCGCUGCUGCUGGCCAUCAGUAAGGGCUACGUGCGCAUCGUGGAGGCCAUCCUGAACCACCCGGGCUUCGCGGCCAGCGGGCGCCUGACGCUCAGCCCCUGCGAGCAGGAGCUGCAGGACGACGACUUCUACGCCUACGAUGAGGACGGCACGCGCUUCUCGCCCGACAUCACGCCCAUCAUCCUGGCGGCGCACUGCCAGAAGUACGAGGUGGUGCACAUGCUGUUGCUGCGCGGCGCGCGCAUCGAGCGCCCGCACGACUACUUCUGCAAGUGCGGGGACUGCACGGAGAAGCAGCGGCAUGACUCCUUCAGCCACUCGCGCUCCAGGAUCAACGCCUACAGGGGCCUGGCCAGCCCGGCCUACCUGUCCCUGUCCAGCGAGGACCCCGUGCUCACCGCCCUGGAGCUCAGCAACGAGCUGGCCAAGCUGGCCAACAUCGAGAAGGAGUUCAAGAACGACUAUCGGAAGCUGUCCAUGCAAUGCAAAGACUUCGUGGUGGGUGUGCUGGAUCUGUGCCGGGACUCGGAAGAGGUGGAAGCCAUUCUGAACGGCGACCUGGAGUCGGCGGAGCCCGCGGAGGCGCACAGGCACAAGGCCUCACUGAGUCGCGUCAAGCUGGCCAUUAAGUAUGAGGUCAAAAAGUUUGUGGCUCACCCCAACUGCCAGCAGCAGCUCCUGACCAUCUGGUACGAGAACCUCUCGGGGCUGCGGGAGCAGCCCACAGCCGUCAAGUGCCUGGUGGUGCUGGUGGUGGCCUUGGGCCUUCCGUUCCUCGCCGUUGGCUACUGGAUUGCGCCUUGCAGCCGGCUGGGGAAGGUUCUGCGAAGCCCCUUCAUGAAGUUCGUGGCUCACGCCGCUUCCUUCAUCAUCUUCCUGGGCCUGCUGGUGUUCAACGCCUCCGACCGGUUCGAGGGCAUCCGGACGCUGCCCAAUGUCACGGUCACCGACUACCCCAAACAGAUCUUCAGGGUCAAGACCACCCAGUUCACGUGGACCGAGAUGCUCAUCAUGGUGUGGGUUCUAGGGAUGAUGUGGUCCGAGUGCAAGGAGCUCUGGCUGGAAGGGCCGAGGGAGUACAUCCUGCAGCUGUGGAACGUGCUGGACUUCGGGAUGCUCUCCAUCUUCAUCGCCGCGUUCACCGCCCGGUUCCUCGCCUUCAUCCAGGCGACGAAAGCUCAGCACUACGUGGACAGCUACGUCCAGGGGAGCGACCUCAGCGAAGUCACCCUCCCCCCGGAGAUACAGUACUUCACUUACGCCCGAGAUAAGUGGCUCCCUUCCGACCCGCAGAUCAUUUCCGAAGGCCUCUAUGCCAUUGCCGUCGUGCUCAGCUUCUCCCGGAUCGCCUACAUCCUCCCCGCGAACGAGAGCUUCGGCCCCUUGCAGAUCUCUCUCGGCAGGACCGUGAAGGACAUCUUCAAGUUCAUGGUCCUCUUCAUCAUGGUGUUUCUCGCCUUUAUGAUUGGCAUGUUCAUACUUUACUCUUACUACCUUGGGGCCAAAGUGAACGCUGCUUUCACCACCGUGGAAGAGAGUUUCAAGACGUUGUUUUGGUCCAUAUUCGGGCUGUCUGAAGUGACUUCCGUCGUGCUCAAGUAUGACCACAAGUUCAUAGAGAAUAUUGGAUACGUUCUUUAUGGGAUAUACAAUGUCACCAUGGUGGUCGUUCUACUCAACAUGUUAAUUGCUAUGAUUAACAGCUCGUACCAAGAAAUUGAGGACGACAGCGAUGUGGAAUGGAAGUUUGCUCGUUCGAAGCUGUGGCUGUCUUAUUUUGAUGACGGAAAAACCUUACCUCCACCCUUCAGUCUAGUCCCUAGUCCAAAGUCGUUUGUUUAUUUCAUCCUGCGGAUCAUUAACUUUUCCAAAUGCAGACGGAGACGGCUUCAGAAAGACAUAGAAAUGGGACUGGGGAACUCGAAGUCCAGGUGUACAGAGUGCUGUGCUGUGCGUUUGAACCUCAGGCAACGCUGUGAGUUAAACCUCUUCACUCAGUCUAACUCGAGAGUUUUUGAAUCACACAGUUUUAACAGCAUUCUCAAUCAGCCAACACGCUAUCAGCAGAUCAUGAAAAGGCUCAUAAAGCGGUACGUCCUGAAAGCACAAGUAGACAAAGAGAACGACGAAGUCAAUGAAGGUGAAUUAAAAGAAAUCAAGCAAGAUAUCUCCAGCCUUCGCUAUGAACUUUUGGAGGACAAGAGCCAGGCGACCGAGGAACUAGCCAUUCUAAUCCACAAGCUCAGUGAGAAGCUGGCCCCCAGCACGCAGAGAUGUGAAUGACUGACGUGUGACCCGGAGUGUGGCUCUGACUAUAGCACAAACGUGGGCAAUAAUAUUUCUAAGUAUGAAGUACUUGAAAAACCAUGGUGUAAAUUUUUAGUACUAACUACCUUUAUCAUGUGAAUCUUUAAAAAUUAGGUCUUAAUGAUUUUACUGUUUUAUCACAUGCAGAUGGUCUUCGUUUUAAUUGUCCGCAUUGACAUCGUGCACAGUGACAAGCCAUUGCAUUGAAAGGCCCGAUUACUGCCAUUGUUGUCCAUUUGCAAAUGAACUGUACUAUGUCUUUGCACUAUCUGUUUGCCUCCAAGAGACUGUGCGGAAGCUCCUUGGGUCAGGGACCGCGUCUCAUUCAUCUUUGUGUCUCCAGCAUCUAGAACAGUGCCUGGUACAAAGUAGGUGCUCGGGACAUGUUGUUAAAACCAACUGAACUGAACUGCCAACUAGAUGCGAAUGCAAAUACAGAUACAGAUACGAAUGCAAAUACAAAGGCCAUCACUAUGUAGCACACUUUCUCUUUUGUCCAGGCGCUGACGGGAUUUUUUACAAAAUAGACACUGAAGACAUUUUACAAGCAGCUGUGACUCGGUCAGAUUUUCUUCGAAUUUUUGGCCUCACUGGUAACCCUAGAACCUCGGAGUUCCAAAGGAAGAAUUUAACAAUGAAAUGGGUUCAUAGAGAAUAUAGUUAUGUUACAUAUUUAAGUUUCGUAGUAUUGUUCAAAGCGACACAUUAAAGAUUUUUCUAAAGUA